GCGAAGAAAACAUAACUCCGCCAAGACUGACCCUCCCUCCCCAGGACUGACUGACCAAUCACAGGCCGCCGCUCGCCCCUGCCCCCUUCCUCAGCUCUCUCUCUUUCUUCCAUCCCGACUGGCUCGUUCCUCCGCGUUCCACCACAGCAUCCUCAUCCUCAUCCUCAUCCUCCUCCUCACACCUUCUGGUCCGAGGAGAACUUGUAGCUGGGGAGCGACGUUGAGAGGAUAGAAGUGUGACAGGCGACACUCCACAGGGAGCCCACAGCAUCAACUGAUUAUGAUUCAUUCUUCAUCUAAAAGGAAGAUAUAAAGAUCCCAUCAGUCGGCAUCCAAGUGAGAGCAGACAUUGUACAUGACUGAUAAAGUUCUACACGGCAGCGUUGGGUUUCCUGGUGCGACCUUUGACCUUUGACCCCUGGCACACACACAGGUUGGAUCACGUCGUGGAGAAGCAGCACCAUCGAGUCCACAAGAACCAGCUUCUGCCAGACCGGCCUUUUCUGUACAUGGAGACCCCCAGCUGGGCAGGCAACACGUUGUGCAAGUCAGGAAGCGUCGCUGUCUUCGAGAACGUGGUGUACAGCGGACUGCUCAACGACCACCUCUGGCAUCUGGGAGUGCCGCUCUUCACGAGACUGGGUAACCAAGAGGCCGCCAACCCCCCAGAAGCGAUGGCCCAGCCCUACACCCCGGCCCAGUACCCCCCGCCUCCACAGAACGCCAUCCCCGCCGAGUUUGCCGCGCCGCACCCGCUCCCGACAGCGGACUACAGCGGGCAGAGCCGCGUCCCCGAGCACGCCAUGACGCUGUACACGCCCACCCCCACGCACAGCGAGCCGGCGGGCGGCGACAGCAACACGCCCAGCAUCAGCGCCCCCACGACCGCACCGGUCAGUGUCGCUCAGCACCUGCAAACACUCUUCUCCUCCACAGGCCGCCAGCAAACGGACGACGUGACGCAAACAGACGUCUCCCAGCACUCGGACUCCUCGGAGAAGCAGCAGCCGAAAAGGUUACACGUGUCCAACAUUCCCUUCCGCUUCCGGGACCCCGACCUGAGGCAAAUGUUUGGGCAAUUUGGCAAGAUUUUAGAUGUGGAGAUUAUCUUUAACGAGCGAGGAUCCAAGGGCUUUGGCUUUGUAACUUUUGAAACGAGCACAGAUGCCGACCGUGCACGAGAGAAACUAAACGGUACAAUCGUAGAGGGACGCAAAAUCGAGGUGAACAACGCCACAGCGCGAGUGAUGACCAACAAAAAAGUGGCCAACCCUUACACGAAUGGCUGGAAGCUGAACCCGGUGGUCGGCGCCGUCUAUGGUCCCGAGCUAUACGCCGUAACGGGAUUUCCGUACCCCGCCACGGGCGCUGCCGUGGCCUACAGGGGCGCCCACUUGCGAGGUCGGGGUCGGGCCGUGUACAACACGUUCCGUACGGCCCCGCCGCCGCCGCCCAUCCCCGCCUACGGAGCGGUGGUGUACCAAGAUGGCUUCUAUGGCGCAGAGAUCUACGGUGGAUAUGCAGCAUACAGGUUCGCCCAGCCCACCACCACCGCCGCCGCUUACAGUGACAGCUACGGCAGAGUCUAUGCAACAGCCGACCCCUACCACCACACCAUCGGCCCCGCCGCCGCGUACAGCGUGGGAACCAUGGCUAGCCUUUACAGAGGAGGGUACAGUCGCUUCACUCCCUACUAAAAGAACGAAAGCAAAGACCGCCACAAAUAAACAAAAAAACUCUACUUAAAAAGACUAAAACCAGUGUUUCCACGGUGGGGAGAUAAAAAUGAAUAAAAGCUUCCAGCCCUGCCCACAAGCUGAUUUUUCUACAACCACCUUUUUAUUGGCUUCACCGAGUCCCUGCACAUGACCGACGUACACGGCGCCGCCACUAGCGCCCCCUACCCCCCCGGCCCCCCUGCUGCAUGCGUGAUGCACGCCGAGGUGCGCACGGAGCUAGACCCCGCCGCUCGACUCACGUGGCGAGGCACCAAGGCACGAGGAGGAAGUCGCCCGCUUCCGUCUUUGAUUGCGUCACUCGCGCUUCGGUGCGUCUGAGCUGACGUGCGGCGGCGGUCCACGUCUCCGUGUUUUUAUUUUCAAUGUGAUGGAGUCUUGUUGCUUUGUAUUAUGGGAUGGAAGUGCAGCAUGCGGCACAAAGGCUCACAAACAUCAUAUUCCUGCUUAGUUGCUUGCUACUAACGUUGUUGUACCAUGGUCCAUACGCAACGAAUCUGCACUUGCAUGUUGGGGGAGAAGGAGAAAGAAAGUAUUCUUAUGUAUGUGCAAAGGUUACUGGCAAGAAUAAAACAUAAAAGGUAGCAAUUCCCACACACUCAUGUAUUUGCACAUUAUAAUGGGACUGCUUGUCUUCUUACCACACCUAGCGCAUGAUCAUGCAUUUGUUCAUCAAAAAGUGACAUAGAGGGAAACAUUGUGUUCCAUGAAGACCAACACCCGACAACUUCAUGUCAUAAGGUUUAAAAAUCUGAGAUAAUAUCUUUGGACACAAAUCAAAAUGUUGCUUCACUCGUCCAAACGUGCAGUCAUUUAGCGCCGCAAACCAGCACCAUUGUAGUCUUUCAUUUUUAUUCAUUAUUUAUUCCUAAGUAGGAAUGGGUGCCAUUCUCAUUUGAUCUGAUAUGGUACCAAUUCUCAGUACCUGUGAAUCAAUAACCUCAAUGGUACCACUUUUUUCUACUGUUGCAUGUUAAUUGUUCAAAAGUAAAAUGUUGUUUUUUUAAUGUGACAUUGAAAAAAUAGCAAUUAGAUCUUGUGUUAUUAUAAAAUUUGAGUCUCAUUUGCAAUGCUGUUGCACUUCCAAGACAUUGGAUGACAGUAGGGGUGUAACGGUUCACAAAAAUUUCGGUUCGGUACGUACCUCUGUUUAGAGGUCACGGUUCGGUUCAUUUUCGGUACAGUAAGAAAACAACAAAAUAUAAAUUUUGGGGGUAUUUAUUUACCAAAUUUGUAAACAAUGGCUUGAUCCUUUUAACAUUGGGAACACUAUAAUAAUUCUACCCACGUAAAUCCACAUUAAACUGCUUUAAGUUGUUGCUUGGAUGAAAUAAAAUGACACAACUUUUCUUCUACAUAUAAAAAGUGCAACAUUAAACAGUUUCAAGUCAACUCAUCAUGCUUAAUUUAUUACAGCAUUGGGGAAGCCUGUAGUUGAUUUUUAUUAUGUAAAUGUUAUAUUUGUAUCAACAUGUGAUAGCAGGGACCCUGCCAUUCAAAACUAGGCCGCUACAUUACUAAUGAUUCUUGUAACUAUAGCUGAAAAUUCAUCCCUGACCACCAUGGAGUUUAUGUAGGCUUUAUGAUGCACUUAAAUUAUUUUAUACACUAUCAGAGACAGAAACUCUUCAUUUAAUAUGAUGUCCUUUUUUGCUGCUUCAACACACCUCAAUCAACACUGUCCGUAACACACGCACACCGCAAAAUGAGUUAACGUUUCGCUAAAAGCUAACUAGCCUUCACCUAAAGCCAGGACUGUGAGUGAACUGAGCUGCAGUUUGUUUCUAGAAGGUCAACGGGCUCAUAGUGAUGUUUAGAAAGUAGUUGACUUGGAAUAUAAUUUGGGGAGAGUGAGUUGCUCCCCUGCUAAACACCUAUCUGCUCGACAUCGACACUUAAGCCUUGACGACAUGCGCUCUGAAUACGCAUUGCUGAUUGGCUUUGUAUGUAACCAAUCAGAUGGUUGUGUGGGCGGGAAAAUGCAGGAUGCUGUGUACAGACACAGAGGCAGAACGGAGCGGAGCAGCUUGUUAAGACUUUAGCAUAGGCGGCUACUUCAUAUGUUCGUGUUGAACUCGUUCGGUAUUCGUCCGCACCGAACCGAAACCCCCGUACCGAAACAGUUCAAUACAAAUACACGUACCGUUACACCCCUUGAUGACAGUACAGAAAA